AUGCAGGCAGAUGAAUGCAUACUGUUCUUUGCCAUUCUGGCCCCUCCUACAUUCUCCCCUGCAUCUGCAAGCCAACCGCCUGAGCCCGCCAUACACCUUAUCAAGAUGAGCAAUCUGUCACCCAUGCCACUGACCGAUCAGAUAGCAGGAGUCUUGGAGCUCAUGUUCCGCCAAAAGCUCCAUCUGGCCACUCAUGCAGCCCAUUCUGCGCCAUCUAUAGAAGUGCCUCCGUCCAUGCCAUCUGCCCUCCUAUUAGAGUGCAAUGGCAUUGCAGAUGCUCUUGUGAAGGCCAUCCGUAAUCCUGUAAGGCUGCAGUGGGACAUUGAUAGAUAUUGCGACAGCCUUUCAAUUCAGCCCACGGGGCAGAAUGAAGUUCUCGAGGCAGAACUGGAACGGAAGUGGCCUCCUCCAUUUGGUGAGAGCAAAAUACGCAUAGACCAGCCCGCCACCCUCGUGGACAUGCAUGGACACAUCUUGGCUUGGAUACUUCCAAGAGUGUUGAUACCAGACCGCCAGACGAAGAUGCUCCAAGCGACCAGGGCCCUACACCUAGCAAUAGCAGCCAGUAAGCCUUCCAGCACCACCGCCAGUUGGCGACACAACCCGUUGUACUUCUUGCCUCCUGAGGAGUGUGCCCAAUUCCCAGCGGGCUCCUUGUGUCUCUCGCCAGGUUGGUUCCAACAAGUAAGAGAGCAUAUGGAGUCUGGGAGGCUGGAGACCUCCGCCAGCCUGAAGCUUGAGGGCGGAAGAAGUUGGCUGCGUGAUAUUCAUGACUCCUCUGCAUUGCUGGGCGCCAUCCUGGCCGUCGUUCACCCAACACUAUAUGCCGCAGGACGCCAGUACUUGGGUUUGAUCCAGCAAGACCCAGAAUUGCGAGAGAUGGUGCUGAACUGGUCGUCACCAUUCAAUGCACUCCAGGUGAUCGCCAACCGGGAAACUCCUUUCCACCGAGAUAGCAAGACAAGAUACACGUUCUAUGACCUGUUGGCGACGUUGGGCAACUACACUUGCACGUGGUUGAAGUUCCCCGCCAUGCGUGUCGCCAUCGAUUAUAGUCCUGGAACUGUCAUAGCCUUCUGUGGAAAGGCGAUUCAUCAUGGCGUCACUCGAGCAGAUGGCGAAAGGCUCAUCUAUGCAUACUUCAUGCGAGAGGGUGUCCAGAACAGACUAGGCAUUCUGGCACCCCACUGGAUGCAAGCUUCAUAUUACGCCUCACACAUUGGCAUGUGCACAAGGGACAUCAUGCCAAAGACUGAUGGAGAUGAGAACACUAUGCAGGGGAUGGAGACUGUCGAUGGCAGCUUCAUUGGCAGGACAAAGUUGGCGGAGGUGAUGGCGAAAUCUCAAGGUGUAGUUAUCACUGAUGGCAGCGUAUGGUUGGCGGACCUCAAAGUUGGCAGAGAUGGUGGCGAAAUGUGUUCGGUCGAGAAGUUAUGCAACAAAAGCAGGCUCGUUGUAGACCUGGAUGACAAGGUUGAGUUUGUGACCAAGGUAGCUAAGCAGACCACUAGGGGAGUACGCUAUGUGGACGUACCUUUGCCCAUGCCCACAGGUUCAAACGUGCCAUCGCCUUCCAAAAGUCCAUCGAAGGCUCCAGCUUCAGGCUCCUUGUUUAACUUGGAUGAUGGUGACGUCCUGGGCAACAUAGGUGUGCCGAUUCAGCUGGAUCCGGCGGCUCGGAAGACAAAGGUGGGCUUCAUGAGGGACUGGAUACCCCACCGUGAUGACUAUCUUCAUGCCAUUGUCGAGAUGGAAGCCCCGCCUGAGCCCAGAAAUUGUGCGGAAUGCAAGGUUGGCGAGGGACGGUGGCGAUGCCUGGACUGUAUGGGCAGACCGCUCACCUGUACCGACUGCUGUCGUAAUGGCCAUCAGCGUGCUCCUUUCCAUCGGAUAGAGCAUUGGCAGGGUCAGUAUUUUGAGCCGGCAUCACUGUAUCGGGUUGGCAUCUGCAUCCAUUUGGGGCAUGGCGGAGAUCCCUGCCCUCUGGGCGCCUUCACAGCACAUAACAACCCUGCACCGGUGGUGGCCCCGGGGUCCAAUUUCUGGAAUGCCUCCAAUGAAGACCUAAAUGCACAUGAUGGCGAGGUCUCAGAUGAUGGCGAGGUCCCAUUCAACUUUGCACCUCUGGCAGGCACCCUUGACGGUGAAGCAAGGCAAACCGACGAUGCUCCCGAUCCCACUUGGGAGGAAGAUGUGCCACCGGUGCUCUCCUGGCCACCUCGCCAUGAUAGUUACAGGAAUCAGAUCAUAGUCAUUGUCGACAUCUCUGGCAUUCACCAUAUCGGCGUUGACUGGUGCCAGUGUGAGAUGGCGGUGGAGCGUGACAUGCAGCUUCUUCAAAUGGGACUUUACCCUGGUACCGUCAAGGAUCCCCAUACCACCUUCACAUUCGCCGUCCUCAACGAUUUCCUUCUGGAGAACAAGGAGUGCAAGACAGCGGCAUUGAACUACUACAGCAAGCUCAAAUGGGUCACGAGCAAUACCUUCCCUGGCACCGUUCCCAUAAGUGACCGUUAUCGUGAGCUGAUGCGGGUGUCCCGCCAAUGGCGCCAACUCAAAUAUCGCAAGUGGCACGGCUUCUCACAUGAUGCCCUCCGUCCUGUGGAGAAGGGUGGCCUCGCCAUCUUUUGUCCCGCCUGUCCCCAGCCUGGGCUCAACCUGCCUUUCGAUUGGCAAGCGGAUCCAGUGCAGUGGAAGUUCAAACGCGGCUUUGUCAUGGAUGGAAAUUUCAGUGCAGAGCACAUGAAGAUGAAGCACCCCGAGGAGGACGUCGCCCUCAGUGACGGCCAGGCAUUCAUGGUCGGCCAAGAGGAUUACAAGGCUCAUCUGGCAGUGGCCAUGGAGUCGCAUCAGCGCUCCACUUGUCAUGAGCACCGCGCUGUCAAUCAGGCCAAUGUGGAUUGCGCCAACCUCGACGCCACAGGAAUUGGGGCCACUGCUUGCGUCAGACAUGGUUUCUUCGUCCCUCAUACUGUCGUCGAUUUCCAGAAGGGAGAAAGACAAAUGAAUAUGGAUUACUCUCUCAGCAAUGUGCUCCUGACCCUCACCGGUAUCACUCUCAUCCUUGUCAUGUACGACAUCAUGUGCCAGUAUGGCGUCCAUGUCCGCAAAUUUUUCCGCCACAGCGCCUAUCUGAGGAUGCCCUUCGAGCUCAACAUAGACCAAGGCAUCGGCUUGUUUCAUGUGCACGGACACCAAGAUUGCUGCUUCCAACGGUUCUCGCCCAACUUUAUAGUUGGCGCUGGUAUGGUCGAUGGCGAGGUCAUCGAGACCCUGUGGGCGCCGACAAAUGAGGUCUCAGGCAGUACCAGGGGCAUGACCCGAGCUCACUGCCAAGAAGUCCUUGACGAUCACAUGAAUGACUCCAACUGGAAGAAGACGACUCGCAUGGUGCCAACCUUGAUGACCAAGUGGAAAUGCGUGCUCCUGGGCUUCCCACGAAGCAAGGAGUCCUUUGAAGCUUUAUCUGCAUUCACAGAUGAGGAGGUCCUUGAGGCAUGGCAGAAGGAGUACGAUGACGCUAUGGAGGCUCGCCAAAAUGAUCUGAAGAUCAUGGACACCUUCAAUGUCCAGCUCAGGAAGGCCCAGGGUAAAGACCUCACCCAACUCAGACUGGCGGGCGAGGAGUCCGCCAAGGGCUUGGAGAAGGGCACCGCCAGAUGGUUGUCCACCGGCCUCAAAAUCCAAGAAGCACAGCUUAAGCUUGUGAAUGAUAUCCACAAGGCGGGUCAAAAUACGAGUGUGGCAGAGGACCUCACUCUCGAGUGCCAUCAGCGCCUCGAAGUCAGCAUUCUCACAUUCCAACGUCGCUCUGAGAAGUUCAUGGGAAGGUUGGAGGACGUUCCCGCCAUGGAAGAUCGUGAUGAUGGUGCGCUCUGGGAUUCCUUGGAUGAGAAUCCUUUUCAAAUACACCCGGAGGAUGCUGAGUAUGGUGAGGAUGCGAUUCCACCCGAGCGAGCUUCCUUGAAUUUACCUUCGCAGAUCGGAUUCGUGGCCGCCAUCGCCAAUGGGCUCCAGACCCUGGUGGCCCAAGAGUUGGAGUUGCGCAAAGGCCUGAUGAAUGACAUUCUCCACGAGCUUCGCAUGGCGCUUGGACUGAAGUCUUACCUCUACCGCAAGAGGGCCACACAGGGGAAUUUAUCCACGCUGGAUUUGAACUUUAUCAACCCGACUGCUCUUCCCAAGCAAUACAUCGAUCUCCUCCCAUCUCAGGCAGAGUGGGACGCACAGAGGAACGUACACGUUUUAAACGGACGACCUUUACUCAUCAGACCAGAUCAACACAUUGAUCACCCAAGUGGUGACUACGAAGCAGGCCUACCCCAUAACGUUGGAGGGCUCGUACUAUCACACAUCGCAGACAGCGGCAUACCUAUCUCUUAUCCAGGAGAAAGACCAGACGCCCCUUGGAACCCCCCUGUCCAGGAUCCCGUACCCCAACCGAUUCUUGCACCAAUUAUAUCCGAUUACAUACCACCGAUGGCUACAGUUACCAUGGAUGAAGGACGUCACCAUGUUAGCCAGAAGGAACUUGGUUUUAGAAAACCCGAGAUCUUCAACGGUUCAGACCGUUCGAAGCUUAGGGAAUUUAUAAACCAAUGCAAGAAUUACAUGGCCGGAAAUAGCCAUGUCUACCAGGAGGACAAUCAGAAGAUCACAUUCGUGCUAUCGCACAUGCAAGGAGGAACAGCAGGAUCAUGGGCACAGAGCUUCAUAGAAACGGAACUCACCAAUGAUGACUUCCUUUCUUAUGGGAGUUGGAGAGACUUCAUUGCAAGUGUGAACAAAGCAUUUGGCGAUGAAAAUAUUGAAGAAACCGCUCGUACCUUGCUGCGUAACAUCAAGCAAGGAACUCGUACUGCGGACGACUACAUUGCCGAAUUCCGAUCGCUUGAAUCCAAGGCGAAACUAGAAGAUGCCGGAAAUAUCGAGUAUUUCAAGUGGGGACUUAACGACCCACUCAGACAAAGGAUAUAUGGGAUGGAAAGCAUGCCCAAGACACUUGACAAGUGGUACGAAUACGCCUCGCGGUUUGAUAACCAAUGGAGAUCUGCUCAGAUCUUCAAGCGAGGAGCCACUACGACGACGCGAGGAAAGGGCCGAUCUGUCCAUCGUCCCUACUACUCGGCUUCUGCAAAGGAUCCAAACGCGAUGGAUGUUGAUCGUGUCAAUAUCUCGCGCUUAUCCCCAGACGAGCGACAGAAGAGAAUGAAAGAAGGACUAUGUUUCCUAUGCGGAAAGAAGGGCCAUAUAGCCAACGACAGACAAUUUCACCCCCAGUCUGGAAGUUUCACCCGUGCUAGAACGAUACAGCCCGGGUUAGACACAGACACGAUCACAUGGAUCAAGAAGAUGCGAGAAGACCUCGCACAGAAGAAGGAGACGUCGAAGGAAGAAACCAGAGAGGAACAGAUCGCCUAUGUGCGAAACGUCUUCAACGACAUGACUGACGAAGAACGAACCCAAUUGGCCGAAACGUUCAUGAACAUUCGUUUUGCGGAAGAAAAUGAUUUCAUCAGAUGGGAAUUACCGAAACCGAUUACAGUCAUGAAUGCAGAUGGCACACCAAAUCAAAUGGGUACCAUUACUCAUUGCACCUGGAAGAUGAUGAAAAUCGGAGGAAGGAAGACGCUUACUCGCUUCCUCUUGACCGGCAUUGGCAAAGAAAACAUACUUCUCGGUAUGCCGUGGCUUAAACGCCUCAAUCCGAUGAUCAACUGGGAAACCGGUGACUUUUGGUUUGGUAAAGAUGCCAAAUGGCCACCGAAACCCACCGUCGAAGAUGCACCAGAUAAAGAAGUUUCGAUUUUCAAGGAAGAUGGACUCCCAGAGCUAAUCACCACCGAAACUUCCCCUACCUCAUUUGGGCAUUCGGAAUCUAUCAGAGAAAUCAUGACCGAUAACGCUGAGCGUGGCGAGUUACCCGCAGUGCGGAAUGAUACCGAACUAGAUGACCUACCAUCAGAAUCCCCUAUGGAUCAGCUCGGUGAUGACGAUCUAGUUAUAUCCUAUAUCGCAGGAGAGCCAGUCAUUGGGAUAUUUGAACCCAUCAGAAAGGAGUCACCUUUGACGAAUGAAGAGACUGAAACCGCGGUCUUCACCAUACGAAGAGGCCCCGCCAUUGGAAGAAUGACACACAGUACUCGAUUCCCAUUAUUCUGUAACGCACAGAAUACGGUCUUUUACAAACCAUCCGGUAAAUCACAAGAAUUGGCACAACAGGCACACAAAGAAGCAUCAGCUGUAGACAAACCCAAAACCGUCGAGGAGUUGGUCCCCAACUACCUCCACGAUUUGAAGUCCGUCUUUGAAAAGAAAGCAGCUGAACGCUUUCCAGAAACCAGGCCCUGGGACCACGCCAUUGACUUGAAACCCGAUUUUAUUCCACGCGACUGUAAAGUCUAUCCGUUAUCGCUCAAAGAACAAGGAGCGAUGGAUGACUUCCUGGAAGAAAAUCUGCGAAAAGGAUACAUCCGACCGUCGAAAUCUCCCAUGGCUUCACCAUUUUUCUUCGUAGGAAAGAAAGACGGAGCACUACGUCCUUGUCAGGACUACCGAUACCUGAAUGAAGGGACGGUGAAGAACGCCUAUCCUCUUCCGCUCAUCUCUGACCUUAUGGAUCAAUUCAAAGGCGCAUCGAUCUUUACGAAAAUGGAUUUACGCUCCGGAUAUAACAAUGUCAGAAUCAAAGAUGGUGACCAAUGGAAGGGCGCAUUUAAGACAAAUCGCGGACUUUUCGAACCUAUGGUCAUGUUCUUUGGACUCUGCAACUCCCCGGCGACUUUCCAAAUGAUGAUGAACGCACUCUUCAAGGACAUGAUCGAUGAGGGAUGGAUAGUCAUUUACAUGGAUGAUAUCCUCAUCUUCUCAAAUGAUUUGGAAGAACAUCACGUUCGAACCCGACACGUACUCCAACGACUCAAAGACAACGACUUAUUCCUUAAACCGGAAAAGUGUUUCUUUGACGUUAAAGAAGUCGAAUUCCUAGGCAUGAUCAUUCGAGAAAACUACAUUGGCAUGGACCCUAUCAAACUUAAAGGAAUUGCAGAAUGGCCUGAACCAAGCACGGUAAAAGGUGUUCGCUCUUUCCUAGGGUUUGGAAACUUCUAUCGGAAGUUUAUUGCCAACUUCUCGGAUAUUGCCAAACCAUUGACGAAUCUUACGCGCACUGCCGCUGGAUCUCCACCUUUUGAAUGGACGACAGAAUGUCAGACAGCUUUCGACACGUUAAAACAACGAUUCAGUACCGCCCCAGUACUGUUACUGCCUGACAAGGCAAAACCCUUUAUUGUUGAAUCCGACGCUUCCAAGUUUGCUACGGGUGCAGUUUUACGCCAAGCCGACAUCAAUGGAGACCUCCAUCCUUGUGCCUACAUUUCCCAGACGCUCAAUCCAGCUGAACGGAACUACGAAAUCUACGACCGCGAACUCCUCGGAAUCAUUCGAGCCCUCGCUGAAUGGCGCCAUUAUCUUGAAGGCUCUCCCCAUCCCGUCGAAGUUCGCAGUGAUCACAAGAACCUCACGUACUUCCGUACAGCUCAGAAGUUAAACCGCCGACAAGCACGAUGGAGUCUCAAAUUAUCACAAUUUGAUCUUCACCUCAUCCAUGUCCCUGGCACUCAGAUGAUCCAAUCUGAUGCACUAUCUCGUCGUAACGGACUCGAUGACAGUGAAAGUGACAAUGAAGAUCGCGUUCUUUUACCCAAUGCACUGUUUGUGCGAUCCAUUUCCCCGACAUUAUUUGACGAAAUCAGGAAUUACGCAGCAAAAGACCUCAUUGUUCACGAAGCCCUCGAAGCAAUUGCGCACAAAGGGCCAUUCCCCAUGAAAUCAUCGCUUUCUGACUGGGAAGUUCGUGAUGGUGUCAUCCUCUACAAGGGAAAGAUCUACGUUCCACCAUCCGAAACUCUUCGUCGUGACCUCGUUCGACUACAUCACGACUCCCCUGCCAUGGGUCACCCUGGCAAGUUCAAUACUCUUGAACUGUUACGUCGUGAAUUCUGGUGGCCCGGCAUGUAUACAUUUGUCUACAAUUAUGUUGAAGGCUGUGCCGCCUGUCAACAAAUGAAACCGAACACUCAUCCAACGCGUAUUCCUUUGGAACCAAUUCCUGCCGACCCACACGCAUUACCAUUUUCCUGUUGCACCACCGAUUUCAUUACCGACCUUCCCAUUUCCAAUGGUUUUGAUUCAAUUAUGGUCGUGGUAGACCAUGACCUUACGAAGGGGGUGAUUCUUACGCCCUGCCUCAAAACGAUCACAGCUGAAGGAACAGCCAAGAUUUUUCAUGACAAAGUAUACUCGCGAUUUGGAUUACCCGACCGAAUCAUCUCGGAUAGAGGACCUCAAUAUGCAUCCAAGGUCUUCCAAGAGUUAAAUCGACUACUCCAGAUCAGAUCAUCAAUGAGCACAGCUUAUCACCCUCAGACGGACGGAGAAACAGAGCGAGUCAACCAGGAGCUGGAAAUCUAUCUUCGACUCUAUUGCGGAAACAACCCUGAAACAUGGGCCGACCGCCUGCCAGACCUCGAGUUUUGUCAUAACACAAGGGAACACUCAGCACGGAAGAUGAGCCCAUUCCGCAUCAUGAUGGGAUACGAACCACGUGGACUCCCUUCCGUAUUUCCGUCCACGAACAUUCCAUCGGUUGAAUCCAGGCUUGACAUGUUGCAGAAGAUAAGACUAGAAGCACUAGCCAUGCACGAGUUAGCCCGACAACAGAUGGCGGACCGAGUCAGACAAGGAUCGCCGAAGUUUACACUAGGACAGAAGGUCUGGCUAGACUCGAGGAACCUGAAGGUCAAUUACGCCUCGCGCAAGAUAGCACCAAAGCGUGAGGGGCCAUUCGAAAUUGUCGAAGUCAUCGGACCGGCCAACUAUCGUCUCAAACUCCCAAAGACCUGGCGAGUUCAUUCCGUAUUCCACGCCGCCCUUCUAUCUCCUUAUCGCGAAAACGACAUACAUGGUCCGAAUUACAUGAACCCACCACCUGAUGUCAUUGAUAACGAAGAAGAGUACGAAGUCGAAGCCAUCCUGAAUCACAAGACAUACCGAGGUCAUCUGAGCUGGAGCAUACGUGGUUUCAAGAUCCAGUCCAAGCAAACAAUUGCUCAACACAAGAAGAGAGAUACUCAGCAACAAGCCCAAGCCGCGGAAUCACAACCUCUGGUGUCUCGCAUAGGACUGCAUACAGUUACCACUCAAGCCGAUGUCGCGCUUUCGGAGGAUCAGACUGGGGCACUUGAUUCUACCACUGGCGAGAUACAGGAGUCUACACACCUUCUAGAUGAUUCUGGUGUCACUUUUCCUAGUGCUGGAGACUUAGACAGUCCUGACUCUCCUGAAGGUUCUCACUGCGCAGAUCAGUCAUCUCCGGCGCAAUCUGUGUUUGACGACGAUGUCAUACCUAACGAUAUACCUGAUGAGCUUGGAGCUGCAGCCAAUGAUGGCAAUCCCUCUCGGGAAGAUGCAACGGUCAAUGGAGCAGAAUCUGAUGUGCAUGCCGCUGGAGGACAAGAUGAAGAUGCAAAUGCCGCUGGAGGACAGGACGAAGAUGCGCAAGAACAUGCUCGCCUUCUGGAGGAUGAUAGUGGACUUGCACCUGCAUUCCGUGAACAACCCCCGGUGCGACUUGCAUAUCUUGAUGCAGUUCUAGGCAAUGUCUUUGGUUCUUCUACGGUGGCAGCUUCGGAGCAAAGUCUAAAUACUUACCUGGAUGUCAUAAAACUAUGUGGCUGCCUGCCGACUUAUCCAAAACCUGCACGAAGCCUCGUUACUGCUAAAUGGCGACUGGGGCUCGAUGUGGAGUCUUACUUCGAGAGGAUUGCUAUAUGCACAGUAUGUUACAAGCCCUACACCUCUGACGAGAUCGCUACAUUGGCUGCCCCCAACUGUACUACUCGCCGCUGCAAAGGAAUUGCCUACAGGCCAUAUGCGUCUCUUAUUAAAGCGCUCUGCCGUUUCGCUCUGCGUCCCAAUUUCGUGAAGAAUCUUAUCGACCCCACUACUCUGCGCCAUCGUCCUAUUCCUACUUAUGAGCUCAUGAGUGAUAUCCAUGACGCUGAGCACUACGGUACUCUAGAAGUGGGCACGAAGCGCGUGGUAAACCAAAAUGGCGAAGUGUCGGAUGUUGAGGUUUCUGAAGGUACCAGGAGAAGGUUGUUGGAAUGCGAUGUGGGGCUAAGCUUCACUAUCAAUGUUGAUUGGUUUGGCAUCACCGACAACCGGCCUCAUUCUGCCGGUGGAGUGUAUCUCACGAUUAACAACUUGCACCGCUCAGUGCGCUUUCUCCAACAGAAUGUUCACCUCGCUACUGUCAUUCCUGGCCUGAAGGAACCAAGCUUAGAGCAACUAAACUAUUCACUGGAUCCCUUGGUUAAGGAGAUGCAUCUGCUGAAUACCGCCGACAAAUUCUGCCCCAUAUUCAAGGCGGCCUAG